UAGGUGAUGUUGUACACACAAUCUGGUCAAAAUGGCUGCCGUUUCCUCUUUUAACGUAAAACUUACCAAAACAAAAUAACUUCGUAAUGCCGUAUGAAAUGACAUUUAUCGAGCACAGUUGCAGAGAGUAGAACUUGUCAAUGUAGAGGAGACUCUAAGCUAGUCGGAGAGUCGUGAAGUCUUUUGUCUUAGGUGUAUUUUGGGCCUCUAAAUGGCCGAUGUUGAAGCGGGGAAGACCGCGGCCAACGGGCCGACUGCCGGGCCGCCGGGACAUCACCGCGUGAAGGCGACAGCCAAGCGGAAUCCUGGCAGCGCCGACCCGAAGAAUAAAUCUCGUCUGGCGGCGUUGGCACCGGGGGAAAAUCUCAAGGAAAGACAGCAAAAGCUGAAGGAGGAGAAGGAAGCCAAGCGAGCUCACUUGGACUCCCGUCAUGAAUUCAUCAUUGAUGCCACGGCAGCGAGUCUCAGUCUGGACAAGACAGAGGUGGAGGAUGCCAUCUUGGAAGGAAACACUAUUGAGAAGAUGGAUAAAUUCUUUGACUCGGAGGCCUCCAGCCACCUCAUGUUCUUCUAUCAGGAGAUGGACAUGUCCCAAGAAACAGGUGGCAAACAUCCCUGGAUUCAAGAUGGAGGAACAGGAGAGCCGAUGAGGUUGGGUCCAGCAAGCGUCAAGUCGGGCAAGACCGGCAAACCUAAGCUGUUUGUAACGGACGGUGUGGACGCACCGUUGUGUGGCAUCUGCGUGUUCUUCCUACGAGCCAAUCCUAGCAAGCCUAUCACUGCAGAAAACGUCCAUAAAGAUUUGAUCUUCACUUCGUUGGACACGGGCAGGAUUGGCCUACUCCAGGCAAUAGAGAGGUACCUGGGCGACAUCUUCUUGCCGUUCCUGAAAGGCAACCAGAAUGGUUGGGGUCAACUUGGCUCUCAGGCCAAUCAGGGAACUCGUAAAGAAUUCGUCCAAUCGUUGGAUGCCUUUGUGACAAUCCUCAACGCCGCCCAGGAUUCCCUUGAAGAGAGAGUAGAGCUUCGCAAGUGUGAGACGUACGAUCUGAGCAAGCUGACCAAGGCUUCAGACUACAUCACUGUGGCUAACAGUACCCAGGAGCUGGAGUUGAUUGAGGGCAUCAUGGCGGUGUGGAUCAAACAGAUCGAACAAGUUUUAACCGAAAGCGAACAAAUGCGCAAGGAGGCCGACAACAUUGGGCCUCGGGCAGAGCUGGAACAUUGGAAGAAGAGAAUGGCUCGGUUCAACUACCUGCUGGAGCAGUUGAAGAAACCAGAGGUCAAGGCGGUGCUGGGAGUCCUACAAGCAGCAAAGAGUCGCUCCAUCAAGACUUGGAUGGAUCUAGAUCGACGCAUCACAGACGCUGCCAAUGAAGCUAAGGACAAUGUGAAAUUCCUGUACACGCUGGAUAAAUUCUGUGAUCCUCUCUACAACAGUGAUCCUAUUGGAAUGAUUGAAACCAUUCCCGGCCUGAUCAACGCAAUCCGCAUGAUCCACAGCAUAUCACGAUUCUACAAUACCUCUGAAAGGAUGACCUCACUCUUCGUCAAGGUAACCAACCAAAUGAUCACAUCGUGCAAGGCUUACAUCAGCGAGCGGGGUACCAUGAAUGUUUGGGACCAGCCAACGGAAGAACUGAUCCCCAAACUCAAGGCAUGCAUCCACCUGAACCACGAGUACCAGCGACACUUCCAACGCACUAAGCAGAAGCUGGAGACCAUGCCCAACGAGCGGCAGUUUGAGUUCUCCGAGAUGUACAUCUUUGGCAAGUUUGACACCUUCGAGCGCCGUCUGCAGAAGAUCAUUGACAUGUUUGAUACCAUGGAGAUGUAUUCGCAUCUGGCUGAGACACGGAUUGAGGGCAUGGAAAUUAUGGCCAACAAGUUUGUGGUGAUCUACACCUCCAUGAAGAAGAAACCCUACGAUCUGUUGGAUCAACGCAAGACGGACUACGACAACGAUUACCAAGACUUCAAGAGGAGUAUCGGAGAGUUGCAAGCACAAAUCAAGGCUUUCAUGGACGCUACAUUCGACAAGAUCUAUAAUGUGCCCAGGGCCCUGCAACUUAUCAAGAAGUUUGAGAGGAUAACCAUCACUGGCCUGGGCAUCACUGAGAGGUACGCCCUCAUCCUUUCCCGUUUCGGCCGUGAGAUUGAAAACACCUCCCGGAACUACCAGCGUCACAAGAACGAGCCGCCGGUAGCCCGCGACCUGCCCCCCAUCGCCGGCAAGAUCACCUGGGCGCGGCAGAUGUUCCAGCGCAUCCAGGAACCCAUGGAGGUCUUCCAGACUAUGCCUCACUUACUCCAAGGAGCUGAGGCGAAGCGUAUCAUCAAGAAUUACAACAAACUGGCUAAGGUCCUGAUGGAGUUUGAGGUGUUGUAUCACCGGGCCUGGCUCAGACAGGUUGAAGCCAUCAAGUCCGGUCUCCACGCCUCCCUCUUGGUCAGUCACCCAGAGACCAACGAACUCUUCGUGAACUUUGACCCUCAGAUCCUGACCCUGAUCAGGGAGACGGAGUGCAUGAGCCGUCUGGGUCUUGACAUCCCGCUGGCUGCUCGGGCCAUCAGACAGAAACAGGGAACCUUCAAAGAAAACUUCAAUAAAUUACAGUUGCUGAUGGAGGAGAACAAGCGAGUGCGUGCCAAGAUUCACCCCGUCUUUGAGCCCUUGAUGCUACCUCAUAUCAACAAGCUAGACAACGUGAUCGAGCCAGGACUGACUAUGCUGUCAUGGACUAGCAUGAAUAUUGAUAGCUAUGUGGAAUCUGUCUACAAAUCAUUAGGUGAGUUGGAGCUGUUGAUGGACCGAGCCAACGACCUGUGCCAGUUCCGUAUCAAUGCAGUCCUGUUGGACAUGAGCACCACUCCGCUGUGUGAACUGCCUGAGGAUGAACCCUGGACCAUUGAUCAGUUCUUACAGAACACACAGGAUCUGUGUAACCGUGGCGCCAUCACCAUACAGAACAAGAGUACUCAGGUCGAAGAGGCAGCCAAUGAGGUCAUUAAUAUGCUAAUGAGCUUUGAAGAAGAGAAAGAAGAGGAAGAAGAGGACGAAGAGGAGAAAGAGAAGGAUGUCACUGAAGAAAAUGGGGAGAAGCGUCAUACCAGCCCUACCCCGUCCCGCCUGAGUGCUCGCAGCACGUCUCGUAGCCUAGGCAGUGGUGGCCGAUCUCGAGCCCACUCCGCCGCCGCGAUGAACGUCGCCAAACGUAAACGAGAGAUGCAGGAGAACUUGGAGGAGGUAGCCCAAGAACUGCUGGCUCACUUCAACCAUCGGAACCUGGACGCUUUGCUCAAAGUGACUCGGCAGACGUUGGACUCCAUCCGCAAGAGAGUGACUAGCAGCUCUCACAUGAGUUACAUUGACCUUCAACGCAGCGACAUACAGAAGAAGGACAGCCCUUUCUUCCGUUGCAACGUGACCCUGUCCAUCCCUAACAUCAUCAUGCAACCGGCCCUGGAUGAGGUCCAACAAGCUGUCAAUAAAGCCGCUCAGUUGAUACUGGGCGUGGCCAAGGGCGUGGCUCAGUGGAACAAAGAACGCAAGUCAAAGGCCAAGCAGGAGGCAGACUUACGAGCCAUCGCCCUCGGUGACCAAGGAAGACGAAGCAGCAUCUCCAGUAUGGCUGCAUCUGAGAGCUCCCGCAGUGAUAUCGUGUCUCGCAAAGGAGGCCGUCCAGAAGAUACCCCAGUCCAGGCCAUCACCCCACAGAUCCCUGUCAAGAACUACUUCAAGAGCGUCAGCGAGAACAAAGAGAUCGCCAAGCUGGUCUCCCUUCUCUCCACCUGCGUCAACUCCACCAAGAAGGAGGUGACCACAGCCCUGGAGCGCUUUGCUCACUACCAUCCCAUCUGGCAGAAGGAGCGCAGCGAGAUGCUGGAGGAGUUCCUGGCGGCUGGACCCAAGCUGAGUGACUUCCAGGCCAUGCUGGUUCACUAUAGUGACUUGGAAGCCCAAAUCACUGCCGAGCCGGAGUUCUAUAACGUUGGCGCUAUCGCUCUAUUCACAGAGAACCUGAAGCUAGCCCUUACCACCGAGACCCAUGCCUGGCAGCUAGCCUACAGCCGAGCCUGUAAUGACAAAUACCGCACCAUGAUGGAAGAGAUCUUUGAUUUCAUUGAUGAAGUCAGUAAGAGGUUGAAUCGACCCAUCAAGGAUCUGGACGAUAUUCGGCUGGUCAUGCAGUCACUCAAGGAGGUGCGGGUCAAUGAGAUCCGCAUUGAUAUGGAGAUUGGUCCUAUUGAGGAAUCUUACGCCCUCCUCAACAAGUACGAGCUGUUGAUAGCCAAGGAGGAUGCAGAGAAGGUGGACACCUUGCGUUACUCUUGGGAGAGGGUUGCUGCUCAGUCCAUCGAGAUGUCACAUCACCUGCUGCAGAUCCAGCCAGACUUCCGUGGGGGUCUGCUCAGCGAUGUUCAGGACUUCAUCUCUGACUGUGGUGACUUCUACGGUGACUAUCACGAUAGCGGCCCCAUGGUCACCGGUAUCCCGCCCAAGGAAGCCAGUGAUCGUCUAGUGAUCUACCAGAACCGAUUCGACACCCUGUACCGCAAGUACAUCACCUACACCGGGGGUGAGGAGCUCUUCGGCCUAUCGGUCACCGACUACCCAGAGCUGCUGCAGAUCAAGAAGGAGUUGAAUCUCCUGCAGAAGCUGUACGGGUUGUACAACGACGUCAUCGAUCGGGUGAAUGGAUACUAUGAUAUCCUGUGGGUGGAUGUGGAUAUCGAGAAGAUCAACCAGGAACUGAUUGAGUUUCAGAACAGAUGUCGCAAGCUUCCGCGUGCAUUGAAGGAGUGGCCGGCUUUCAAUGAUCUUAAGAACACCAUCGAUGACUUCAACGAGACGUGUCCUCUCCUGGAGCUGAUGACCAACAAGGCGAUGAAGCCGCGUCACUGGCAGAGGAUGGCAGAGACGACGGGACACGUCUUUGAUGUGGAGAGUGAGACGUUCUGUCUCAGGAACAUCAUGGAGGCACCGCUGCUCCAGUCCAAGGAGGAUAUUGAGGAUAUCUGUAUCUCAGCCGUCAAAGAGAAAGACAUUGAAGCCAAGCUGAAGGCAACCAUCGCUGAAUGGAGCGCUCGGGAGAUCAUCUUCGCUAACUUCAAGAACCGAGGGGAGCUCCUCCUGAGAGGUGAUAACAUCACGGAGGUGAUCAGCUUCAUGGAGGACAGCCUCAUGGUGCUGGGGUCACUGCUUAGUAACAGGUAAGGCAACCAAAUUCCAGAUAACU